AACUGCGUGAGCCCGUCACGUGAUCCGCUCUGCUUUCCUUUGCCGAAAGACUUUAGCACUUGGAGCACGUGAUCGCCUCAUCCGGGUCUCCGCGUUCUUUCACACUCGGCCCAACAUGGCUGCUUCAGCUAAGAAGAAGAACAAGAAGGGGAAGACCCUGACACUGACUGAUUUCCUAGCAGACGAUGGAGGCAGUGGAGGUGGUGGAGGCGGUGGAGGUGGAGGUGGUGGAGGCAGCACCUAUGCCCCAAAACCUGUCAGCUGGGCCGAUGAGACCGAUGAUUUGGAAGGAGAUGUCUCUACCACUUGGCACAGUAAUGAUGAUGAUGCGUACAGAGCACCCCAUAUAGAUCGAUCCAUCCUUCCUACAGCCCCACGAGCUGCUCGUGAACCUAAUGUGGACCGAAGCCGCCUCCCCAAAAGUCCUCCUUUCACUGCUUUUCUUGGAAACCUUCCGUAUGAUGUAACCGAGGAAUCCAUCCAGAAAUUCUUCAGGGGGCUUAAUAUAAGUGCUGUUCGUCUACCCUGCGAGCCGAGCAAUCCAGAGAGGUUAAAAGGCUUUGGAUAUGCAGAAUUUGAUGACUUGGAUUCUCUACUACGGGCUUUAAGCCUCAAUGAGGAAUCUCUCGGGAACAGAAGGAUAAGAGUGGACAUAGCUGAUCAGGCAAAUGAUAAAGACCGGGAUGAGCGUUCGUUUGGUAGGGAUCGUGAUCGAAACAGGGAUUCUGAUAAGACUGAUUCCUCUGAUUGGAGGGCACGGCCUAGCACAGACAGCUUUGAUGAUUACCCACCACGUCGUGGAGAUGACAGCCAUGGGGACAGAUAUCGCAGUGACCGAUAUGAAUCAGACCGUUACCGUGAUGGUCCACGACGUGAUGGAGACCGAUAUGAUCGUGACAGGGGUAGAGAUCGAUAUGAUGAUCGUGAUAAAAGAGAUUAUGAUAGAGGCUUUGAUUCUCGGGGUGGCAGGAGGGCAUUUGGUAGUGGUUAUCGUCGAGAUGACGAUUACAGAGGUGGUGGUGGAGGUGGUGGUGGAGGUGGUGGAGAUCGUUAUGGAGACAGAUACGAUGACAGACGAGAUGACAGAUCAGACAAAUGGAAUGGAUACUCUCGCAGUGAUGACAGGCAGGAAGAACGAGCGGGUCCCACUCAGCGACCAAAACUGAACCUGAAACCACGUACUGCUCCAAAAGAUGAAGAUGCAAGUGGGAACUCUGCACCCUCCAGUCGUGCAGCUUCGAUUUUUGGGGCUGCAAAGCCAGUAGAUACUGCUGCUCGUGAAAGAGAAGUAGAGGAAAGGUUACAAAAAGAGCAAGAAAAAAUGCAGCAACGCCAUUUGGAUGAUGACAGACCUCGACAGAUCGAGAGGAAACCUAGAGAAAGGCAUCCUAGUUGGCGCAGCGAAGAAAAUCAGGAACGUUCUAGGACUGGAAGCGAGUCUUCUCAAACAGCUACCACUGGCCCUUCAUCCAGGAUCUCCCGAAGACGAGAAAGUGAGAAAUCCGUGGAGAACGAAGUAUUUGGAAAAGAUGAAGAUGUUCCUUCUCCUAGUUCAAAAUCCCCCAAAUCAGACCCCCAGCUCCCACUUAAAGUUAUGCCCGCCCCUCCUCCAAAAGAAAAUGCAUGGGUUAAACGCAGCACAGCAGCUCCUUCCUCCCAAUCUAAUAGCUCAGAAUACUCUCAGAGUGAUGAAAUGAAUACAAAUGAGAGGCAACAUCAGGGGACAUCUCACCGGAGAGAUGAGAACAAAGCGGAUACACAGGAGCAUCUAUCUAAAUCUGCUGGGUAUAAUGUAGGAGAUCUGAGUGAAGCCCCAGAUAAGAGAGAAAUGAGAGAUCUGGAUUCAAAGGGUUUUCCAGAGUCGACAAGAAUGGAAGAACAUGCAGUGAAAUUCAGCCACGCAAGUAAGUAUUCAGCUUUAUCUAUGGAUGGGGAAGAGGAGACAGAAGAAUACGCAGACUAAACGCGAGAAUACCUCUGUAUUCAUGGAUUCCUCUCCCGAAUUUAUCCUUUAUUCUCCCUUCUGCCCUGUUCCGUGACAGCCACUGGCGUAUGCCUGAGCAAGAAAAGCACCCCCUCCGGCUGUCCUUCCCUCCAGAAAUCUAAAAGCAAUCCAACUUCAACACCUCAAUGACCUUCAGUUAGAAAAAAAUGGGCUGUUUGUUUUCUCUCUUGCAUGCUGCUGCAGCUUUUUACUGUGUGCGUGUGGGAUAGGAGGGGGGCAGAAAUGCAGUGUGUAGCAAAAUAACACUGGAUUGCGGGGAACAUAUACAUUCUUAAGGAAACUAGUAGUUGCAUAAGAUAAGCAAAAUGAUUCUUAAAUGCCAUCUGCCCUGCUGUAUAAAGGUUUCCAUUUUAUGCCAGAAAAGCCAUUCUUGCUUCAUAUGGAGCAUAGUGGUUUUUAUGAUUAUUCUCCAGCAGACAGAGGAAUUCCGCUGGAAGUGAUUGAAAGAAAUGCUUGCCCUUUUAGUACAGUAUGGCUAGGCAAAUCUUCUCAACUAAGGAAAUCUUAUUUUGCAGCUUUGCUAGGGCAUCAGAUGCAUGGUUUGCACUCUUCUAGAGCAUCUGCCAGAAGCCCCACCUCUGUGUGCCAGAGAAAUAAUCAAUAUAAGAAGCCGCUUCCCUUAACUGGGACUUCAAAUAUGAAUUGCUUUUCUAGAAAAUUCCCCCCUCCGGCUUUGUGUGAUGCUGUGGGUGUGAAAGAGACUGCUGUAGCGGUGAUAUUUUCAUCAGUUGGAAGGCUAUAUUAUGCAGAGUUUAUCAAAAUAUAUAAAGAAUCUGGAUUGGGCAGUGUUUGCAUGGCACAGAGCUUCGAGACACUGCCUUUCAUACCAAAUUUGACAAUUUCCUGAGCUCAAAUUGCACCUCUCAUUUCCCCUUCCACUCGGCCUACCCUAAUUUAUAAUUGAUGUGCACCCAGGAGCUGUGUUCCUGUCUGUCUCUCACGGACCAGCUUGCCAUACCUUCCCCUAGCAUUUUACUCUUCGCACAGAAGUGUAAAUCAAGUAAAAUAUAUAAUAAAACUUGUAAUGAUUUGUAAUCUGCUUUCUGGGAAACAUUUUAUCAUGUAAAGAUCCCUUACCAGCCCUCUUAAUUUUGUUUUCUGUUCAUCAGCUCUGUCCCUCAUCGAAUAAAGUAAUCUUUAAAAUA